CCGCAUGUCGAGUGAGAGACUGGCCAUGGAUGAGUAGGAGGAGGAGGACGAGGAGAAGAAAUAGAAGCAAAGAAUGGAAAAGGUCCAUCGAUUGACUGGUUGCUGAUGGAGAAAUCAUGAGACAUGAACCCUAAAGGAAGGGAGUUGGGCCGAGCACGAUUGGGUGAAUCGGAGACAAGUAGAUUACGCAGGAGCCUCUUCGCCACCUCAGCUACUACUCAUGCCGAGGCACUGAAAGCGACAGCACAGGCCUUUGGCAAGCAAUGUGCCGUCAGGAGUAUUUGCACAUUCACAUCCAGUGAACGUGGAGGAAAUCAAGUGGCGGUCAUAGAAGACAGCGGAGAUGCUUUUGAGACGAGAGAAAUGGUGAGGAUCGCAGAGACAUGCGGCGAGGGGUUCGUGGUCUUCGUGAAGCCAAACAGACGACGAGUCGAUCCAUCAACCAAGAGCUUCAAGAUAUGCUUGCUCACGCCAGGUGGAGGAUGCCAUCGAACGAUGCUGGAGAGUAUGGCAAUCGCGAGCUUGUUCGACCUGGUUGAUCGCCGGCCUCCGGACCUGCCUCUUCUGACGGAGGGAUCAAAGGUUCGGAUCAGAGCUGAAAGCAUCGUGGAACAAGUCUGGCAAGUUGAAGUUUCAACAGAGAUUGACGACCUGGGGUGUUUCUGGAUAGAGGCUCCAUGCCCACGGAUAAUCUCACAAGCUCCUGAGAUGGAAGUCUGCGAAGCUUUGAACGUGAACAUGCUGGCCAUUCAAACAGACUUGCCCAUACAAGUGGUAGAGUGUGCAGCGAGACAUCUUCUUGUGCCAGUGAGAUCACGACGAGUCAUUGGUGACUUGGAUCCUCACUGGGAGCUCAUCUGUGAAGUCUGCAAACUGCUGCAUUGUGAGGAUUUUCACGUAUUUUCUUUGGAUCCUUCUGCCGGCGGACAUGUACAUACCAGGAAUUUCAACCCCAUGCAUCGAAUGGAAGAAGAAGCUGCGAGUGCUUCAGCAAACGCUGCACUCGUCGCAUACCUCCACGUGAACCGCAUCUUACCCAUCGAGAGCAAUGAGCGCAUCAUGUGCGAACAAGGAUACUCUUGUGGCCUCCGAUCGAAGCCCAGCAAAGUUUUUGUGAAGCUCCAGCUUGAAGCAGGAAAAUCCUCUUCGCUCAUUGGAGUGGAUGCGCCAGGUGUCACCCAGCAGAACAGCAUGUCCGGAGAUGCCACUGGCGAGGCGGUCACUAAGGAGCGGCAAAUGAUGAAAGGAUCGCGCUACAUCAGCAAUCAAAUGGACGAGACGCGCUUCAAUUUGCCAGACGACUAUUAUCAAGAGCAGGCUCGACGAGCCAUCGAGCUUCAGAUUAAGAUAGAAGCAGCGAAGCGAGCGGGGAAGGUGUACAAGGAAGAAGACAAAGAGCCAACCGCACCUGCAAUGCUGCCUCCCCCGCUUGCAUUGCCUGCACCGAUCUCGGUCGCGUUCAUUCAUGCUGGAUAG